AUGCCCUUUUCUUUCACAUCCUCCAUUUCCUUUUCCUCCUCAAUCAGCCACAACGGCAAGACGGAGGAGAGGCGCUGGGCCCGCAAGACGGAGCGGAGUCCCUCGGGCACCACCGUCCGGACAGCGUCCUACAAGACAGGCGAGCCCGUCUACCUCGAGCGCCGCGAGUACGAUUCCGCGGGACGCGCCCUACCAGAGGGACGCGCUGUCAAGAGCGAUGGGACGGAAAAGAUUGAUCGUCGCAUCGAGGACGUUUCUGAGCGGGAAUGA